AUGUUCCGACACGAACCUGACAAGACGCAGCAGUUCCUCGACGUUGGUUGCGGCAUCGGAGACCUCACGCGAGAGGAGCUGCUGCCUCGAUGUCUACCGUGCUGCCGUGUCGUCGCCGUGGACGUGUCGGCCGAGAUGGUGGAGCACGCCGCGCGACACUAUCAUCACGACAGGCUUGAGUUCAGGAAGUUGGAGAUCGUGAGAGACAGGGACGUGGCCGAGUUUAUCGACGAGCAUGGUCUCUUCGACAGGGUGUACUCUUUCCACACCGUCACUUUUGUUGCGGACCAAGCGAAGGCGCUGAAGAACGUGGCCAGGCUUCUGAAGCCUCACGGAGAGUGCCUUCUUAUUUUCCCCGCGUCUCUGCGGUCUUUGGACGUCAACCGGAACCUCGUUAAAAUGGAGCGCUGGAGCAAGUAUUCUCACGUGAGUAUCAAUUGA